UGCAUGCAGAACAGCUGAAACUGGCUGCUACCACUGCAGUAAGCACUGAGAAUGGGGAGGUGAGCGCGUUUGUGCAUAAUAGCACUGAUCUGCAGGGAAUGGCUGAGAAAGGGAGGGCUCUCCUCCUGGAAGAGGGUUAAGGGGGGCACUGGAUGUUGUCAGACUGCUGGCUGAAUCGUGCCUUCCUGCAGGGGUCCUGUGUCAGCCUGUGCCACAUAUGGAGGAGAGGACCGUAGCAAAUGAUGCCAGGACUGUAAGCAUUAAACCUGGGCUUGUUCUACAACAUGAACCUGCUGCAAUGGUGGUGUGAGAAAAUGCAGCCUGCUUCCCUUCUUCGUGCAAUGUGUGUAUGACUGUGGCAGCUUAGAUUCCCAUUGUGGUUCCCCCACAGUAAAUCUGUGAGUAUUCUCUUUGUUCCAGCCGUAUCGGUGCAGCAGACAUGUGUAGCAACCAGGUCAGCUUGCAGGAUGAGCAAUGCAAGUUCUACUCCUAUAUGUUCUACCAGGCUGUGCGGGACCAGGAGCCCGUCUGGAAAUUAGAGGAAAUGAGGACUAUGGAAUAUUUUCACUGGGAGGAAGAUGCAACUAUGAGGUGCUACUCUCCAUCUGAUGCUCUGAUGUAUGCAGUGGUGCAUAAUCACCUGCGCUACGCCCAGUAUUUACUGUCUCACUUCCCAGAGGAAGCCCUGAAGGUGCCAGGGAUCAAAUUCUGCUGCUGCCCUCCUUCUGCGCCCCACCUGGCCUUGGCGGUCACCUAUGACCGGAGAGACAUCUUGAUCAUGAUCAUUAAGAUCUCCCACAAGCUGCCGAGCCUCCACUCCUACAUCAAUAGGGCGAGCUGCUUCCAUCUGUCAGAUGGGAAGACCCCGCUCCACCUGGCCUGUGAGCUUCUGAGUGCAGAAACGGUCCUAAUCCUCCUAGGCAAUGGGGCGUCUCCAAAGAUCAUGGACCGCAAAGGGGAAUCCCCUCUGGAUAUCAUUUUGGAGCAGCUUUGGAGCUCGAAGGUCAACGUGGAGUCUAAGAAACUGUGCUUGUACUAUCUGCUGCUCUUUUCCCCUUCCCUGAACUACAAGAUGAGGAAAAUUCUGCAGGACAAUCCCAAAUUCUGGACUCCGUUGCUGGGGGAGGAUAAAUUUGAUUACCUGGUGGGGAACACACCUGCCACAUUGUACCUGACUGCCAUGCAGAAGGUCCUCCGGUGUCUAUCUCCUUCCCACUUCCCUCAGAGCAUCCUGGCUCUCCCUAUACCUCAUGCAUUAAAGCCCUUACCUAGACCAGAUUAAUUUCAGGCAUGGAUUGUGGCUCCUGGAGUAUCCGAUCACUGUCCCUCAUCCCCUACAACCCCCCACCCCCCCCCAUGUUCCUCUCCCCCCAUUCCCCUAAUAUGUUAAAUGCAUUGUAAUGUGCGCAGUCAAUUAAUCGCAACCACUGCAGACGUGUCACUAUUUGUCCACAGAAGGGCCUAUGGCUGUUAUAGCAUUAAUCAUCUUUAUAGGAGCAUAUUGACUAACAAGUAGAGGAUAAUUAGGCCUUGAUAAAAGAAAUUGAAUUGUUGUUUGCACAGGAGGCAAAGAUUGUCAAUGGCCAUACAGGUGGCGAUGAACCACAACUCCAAGCAUGCUCAGAUACUCCCAGUCCUGUCCAGCUAACAAGGAGUUACAGUCCAAUAGCAUCCGGAACGUCACGAGUACCUGACUCCUGUAUUUAAGGCGGAAAUUGACACCAAUUUUUUUAACCUCUUUAACUCUUGAAUCUUCUUUCAGCGCUGCCUGUACAUUGCAAAUUGCAAAGCAGCUGGUAAAAUGGUUUGCGCAUCAAUCUGCAUAUGAUAUGCACAUUGUAGAUUAUUAUUUGUGAAUACAGUAAAAUAUGUAAGUAAAGUAUAUACAGCAUAUAUAUAGAUAUAGACAUAUAUAUAUUUAUUGGGGGUAAAAUGAAAUCAAACAAUAUUUUAUAGCCAUCAAAGGGGCAUAGGGUAACCACAAUGGUUUUUUUUGUAUCUAAGUAUAUAUUUGCAUGUGUAGAUGUUGUGUUAUUGUUAAAGGAUGUACAGGCCUGCAUAUGUUAAUUCUAAUCAUAUACUGUAUAUAAGUUGUGUGUAUCUUCUCUUGUGCAUACAUAGUGCAAAAUAUUUAUAAAACCAACACUAGAAGGAAGCAAUGUAAAUAUAACAGGUAUAGGUGGUCUAUGUACUAAGCCUUGGAUAGAGAUAAAGUGGAUUGAGCUCAAGUACCAGCCAAUCAGCUUUAAACUGUCAUGUUAGCGGCUGUGUUUGAAAAAUGACAGUUAGGAGCUGGUUGGUUGGUACUUUGGGGGAUAUUUAAUAAAA